AUGGUUAACAGAUGUUGAGGGAAGGGGCAGAGUUCAGUUGAGUAGGAAGAGGCAUCAGCCAUUUUACCUGCACACAACAUCGCUUUGCCCUCAAGCAUGGAGCACAAGUGAAGUGUCAGUUAAACAUCAGCUUACGUCUCUACCAGGCUGUGGAAGUACAGGUGCCAUGGUGACACUGAAUCACUUGAGCGUGGAGGACCCAGACGAUGGCUCCCCACUGCUGCCUGAGGCUGCGGAGGCUGCUACGCCAACGCCUGUCUUUCACAGACAGCGAGUGAUCACCAAGACUGACUCCAGGGAAUUUUUCCUCAGCAGGAGUGAGAACCUUGCCUUCAGUCUGGUGCUGCUGAUCGGAUGCUACUCAGCUAUUCUGAUUCCUGCGUAUCUCCCUUCGAAUAGAGCGGCAACUCUCAGUGAUGACAACCUACAUCCUAAAGAUCUGGUCUCACUGAAUCGCUCAGCUUUCCUGCUGUCAGGCCCCUGUCAGCCUCGCUGGUGUCUGAACCACCUUAAGCCCUUGUCUUGUUCUGCAGGCCUUCUAGACAUCCCUGUGUUUGUGCAGGGGGUCAGGCCUGUGCCCUGGGAUCUGUCGCCUCCUCUCGGGCUCCAGGGCAGCGAAGAGCAUCUGGCCCAUGCUCUCGCAUCUCUGCCUCAGCCUGGCCUGCCUUCAUCACUGAGGAGCGAGGGCAGCUGCAGGCGAUGCGUGGUGGUGGGCAAUGGAGGGGUUCUUCACGGGAGCCAUCUUGGAUCCCAUAUAGAUCAGUAUGACAUCAUUAUCAGGCUGAAUAAUGCUCCAGUGCCCGGCUUCGAGAAAGACGCUGGUUCUCGCACCACCAUCCGCCUGAUUUACCCAGAGGGAGCACCUCGCUCUGCAAACGAGUACCAAAAGACCGCCAUGGUUGCUCUGGUGGUCUUUAAGAGCCUGGACCUGGACUGGCUGACUUCUGUCAUCACCAAGCAGCCUCUGAGCUUCUGGUCCAAAAUAUGGUUCUGGAGGGAGGUGGUGGAUGAUAUUCCCCUGAGACCAGAGAACUUCCGGAUCCUGCACCCAGAGAUUAUUCACAAGACGGGACAGGUCCUGCAGAAAUAUGCUCUGAAACAGGGAAACAUGGUGCCGACACUAGGUGCCAGUGCAGUGGUGAUGGCUUUGCAGCUGUGUGACCAGGUGAGCCUGGCAGGGUUUGGGUACAACAUGCAGCACCCAGAGGCCAGGCUGCACUACUACGAGAGCAUACGCAUGGGUGCAAUGAAGGCUCAAGUGGUGCAUGACGUCAGCGCUGAGAAACUCUUCUUGAGGGACCUGGUGGCUGCAGGAGCUGUGACCGACCUCACAGGGGCUCUGUGAGUCAGCGGUGCAGAGGAUAAUGAUAACGUACUGAACUCUACAUGCACUCCUCCUCCUCACUGUGAGCCAGUGUGGAGCCCUCCAUAGCUGUGCCCUGCUGGAGAAAUCCCACACAGUGUGGACUGACCUUUAAAAUGCUCACAGUCGCUGGGGCUGACUGACGAGCGAGCAAAUUAAAGGUUAGACACGCUCAGGAUUGCUGAGACUAACCUAAGAACACAUCUUGUUUAAAUUCAAUGAACUUC